GCAUUCAUGGAAAUGAGCCUGCCAGGAGAGGAGCAGAGCAGCACAGAGUGGCAGCCACGCGCCCAGCUCCGCGUCCACGCCAGCCUUCCCCAUCAGGCGCAGUCGUUUCCACCGCGGGGUUCGUCCGCUGGGCUUUUGUUUCCUCUGGACGCUUCCUGCUCUGCCCUGGCUGUGCUGGCACACACAUGCUGUCCUCGCUCCAGCUCUCCCUGCACCCAGAGCUGUGGGAGCUCCCCGGAGCCUGGGACCACGGUUUCACUGGACAGAGCCACCAUGGCCUCUGACGCGGAGGCCUGCAACCUGCCGAGGCUUUGAUGUUGCCGCUUGAGGCUGGCCAGGACACUGGGACCGCAGGACAGGGGACUCGCCGUGGUUCCCAGUGACCUGACCGCAGAGGAGCGGCAAGAGCUGGAGAAUAUCCGCCGCCGGAAGCAGGAGCUGCUAGCCGACAUCCAGAGGCUGAAGGAUGAGAUAGCAGAGGUCGCUAAUGAAAUUGAAAACCUGGGGUCCACAGAAGAACGGAAAAACAUGCAGAGGAACAAACAGGUAGCCAUGGGCAGGAAAAAAUUUAACAUGGACCCUAAGAAGGGGAUCCAGUUUUUGAUCGAGAAUGACCUGUUGAAGAACACAUGUGAAGACAUUGCCCAGUUCUUGUACAAAGGGGAGGGGCUCAACAAAACGGCCAUCGGCGACUACCUGGGGGAGAGAGAUGAGUUUAACAUCCAGGUCCUCCACGCGUUUGUGGAGCUGCAUGAGUUCACCGAUCUGAAUCUCGUCCAGGCCCUGCGGCAGUUCCUGUGGAGCUUCCGGCUCCCCGGAGAGGCCCAGAAGAUCGACAGGAUGAUGGAGGCCUUCGCCCAGCGGUACUGCCAGUGCAACAGCGGGGUGUUCCAGUCCACAGACACGUGUUACGUCCUGUCCUUUGCUAUCAUCAUGUUGAACACCAGCCUGCACAACCCCAACGUCAAAGACAAGCCCACCGUGGAGAGGUUCAUCGCCAUGAAUCGGGGCAUCAAUGACGGGGGGGACCUGCCCGAGGAGCUGCUCCGGAAUCUGUAUGAGAGCAUAAAAAAUGAACCUUUUAAGAUCCCCGAAGAUGACGGGAACGACCUCACUCACACUUUCUUCAACCCGGACCGAGAAGGCUGGCUGUUGAAACUCGGAGGUGGCAGGGUAAAGACUUGGAAAAGACGCUGGUUCAUUCUGACUGACAACUGCCUUUACUACUUUGAAUAUACCACGGAUAAGGAGCCCCGUGGGAUCAUCCCGCUAGAGAAUCUGAGUAUCCGGGAGGUGGAAGACUCCAAAAAACCAAACUGCUUCGAGCUUUACAUCCCUGACAGUAAAGACCAGGUGAUUAAGGCCUGUAAGACGGAGGCUGACGGGCGCGUGGUGGAAGGGAACCACACUGUCUAUCGGAUCUCCGCCCCGACGCCUGAGGAGAAGGAGGAGUGGAUUAAAUGCAUUAAGGCGGCCAUCAGCAGGGACCCUUUCUACGAGAUGCUCGCAGCACGGAAAAAGAAGGUCUCCUCUACGAAAAGACACUGAGCGCAGCCCCGGACGUGGGCCACGAGCCUGCGGGGCUCUGGCUCCCCGUGUCCCCCAUGGGGCACCACCGAGCGGAGCGUCCUCUCUGCCAGGCCGGCCCUCAGUUCCUAGAGACCAGCUUCAGCUUUUGCUAUUUUUUUUUUACGUGGGAGAAGGGUGAGCAGUUGCCGCUGAGAGAGGGGACCUGGCUCCCACCAGACGUGGGUCCAGGAGCUUCCUCUCAGAAGAGCAGGGCUCCUGUCAGCCUCGGCACAGCCUCCUGCCAUCUCGGCCGGCCGGUCUGAUGGCCGAGCUCGGGCUGACUGUUCCCCCUCAGUUGUCCCCAUGAGGAAGCCUCAACCCCCUACACUGUAAACACACGCAUUCGUAUGUUAUUUGUUAAGGCAGAGGGGGAAAGGACGAGAAGCCACGUACCAUACAGAUCUAUUUUUUUGUUUUUGUUUUUUAAGAAAACAGAACAUGGCGCUGUUUGGGUGUAUUUUGCCCUGUCUGGUUGGGGAGCUCCUCCCUGGAGAGGGGCCGGCCCCCUGGGCUGCUGCUCAGAGCCAUCAGCCUGGGCUCGCGGCGAGGCUGGCAGCCUCUCCUGCACGCUGGGAGCAGGUGGGAGCUUGCUCUCCCACACGUGUCUGGGCGCGAGAGGGCUCCGUCGGGGGUGGAGGGCUGCCGUGGCCGGCCGCCUGGGCUGCGGCCUGCGGCAGGCGGCCCUGGUGGCACUUUUCCAUCCCAGGUGCCUGCGGAGCACCGAGGCGAGGACAGAGCCUGGACACUUACGUUGUCAUCCUCCUUCAGCAUCCAGGUCCUCGUCGGGCUCGGAAUAGAAAGUCAGCAUUUUCCUUGAGCGAAAUACCUAAUAACCAAAACUGUGAGGAAGGGCACCCUGGGGAGACACCGGGGUGACCCGUUUCAUGUUUGGUUCUUCUCCCUCUUUCCCCAAAACUCAGUCCUCGUUUUAGAGGAAGGAGUAGGCCUCACCUUACCCUUCAGGGCUUCAGCCUUUUCUGCCUCAAACCCGGCCUGGGCUACCCUGGACGUGUCCUUGGCCCCGCCGGAGGGAGCGGCUGCAUCUACACAGCAGGGUGCAUGCAGAGAGGGCGAGGAUUCGGCCUCGCGGGUCUCGCCGCCCCCCUUCAGGCCGUGUAUGAGCCAGCCCUGCCCUCCCAGUGUGGCAUGAGGGGAGCCGUGAAACGCGGUGUUCUGCCGUUCUCUCAGGGACUCUCAAGGGCAGCUCCUGCCACUCGGCCAGGGCCAGCACGCCAGCCUGGGCAGACACGCCCCGCCACGUGGCCCAGGGCCCGGGUGGUGCAGAGCACUGCCUCCAGGCGGCGGCGGCGGAGCCGUGGGUCUCCACGGGGUCACGGGGCCUCGGCUCCUCCAGUACCUUAGGUUAGCAUCUCUGGAAAUAGCUUUUGUGAAAGAAGUGGGAGGAGUGUGGAGGGACACCCUGGCGCCCCUUUCUGUAGAUCUUGCCUGGAGAGGCUUCAGAGCGUUUAUGCCAGAGCUUGUGAAGGUGGCAGGAGAGGGCACAGGCUGGAAGCCGGGCUUUCCGGCGGGAGAACCAGGCGGUGCUCCCCGAAGCCUGGGUGGUUUCGGGCGGUGCUGGAGCCCCGCCACCAGCCCAGGCUCUGCGCCGGUUGUCAGCGAUGCCUCGGACGAGGCGCCUGGUCAGUGUGAGUCUAUUUAUCAGAAGUGUAAAUAAUCCAUGUAUAGUUUUUCUCUUAGAUUAUUUUGUAUUUGUUUUAAAAAAAAGUUUGUCAAAAUACAAAAAUAUAAAGAAAUGACUGAAAGUUGUUGACAGGGUUUUUAAAAAAUUAUAAUUAUUAUUCCAGUUGUUUUUGUUUCUUUGUUUUUGCCUUGUAAACUAGCGCCAAGGAGCUGCAGCAAAUAAACUCCAAGUCUGCCCAAACCA